UCCGCUCAGACAGCAGAGACCCUCCCUUCGGUCAGGUGGGUGGCCCGGUUCCGAUCACUUCAUGUGCGCGUGAGUCGGUUCGGAUUCAACUCAUGCGGAGCGCGGUUAGGAUGGACGGACACGAGCAUUUGGACCGGAGCAGCGGCUUCUUCUACAGAGAGAUCGAGGGCUCUUCUGCAGCGACCAACAGCAGCUACAUGAACGCGCAUGGGAUCACCGGCACCUGCUACAUGAACGCGGAUUACGUGAACCCGGUUGGGGUCACCAACCCCUCGGUUUCGGGCCAGAGUUCUUUACUGGUAGCGGCGGGUAUGGCCAGCAUGAAUCCGCCGCUGCAGAGUGCCGGCCCGGUUCUGAGUCCGGGGUUUGGACCGAUCUGCAGCGGCCCCACCUCAAGACGCGCCUCCACCUACGCCAAGCCACCGUACUCGUACAUCUCCCUGAUCAGCAUGGCCAUCCAGCAGUCCGGAACCAAGAUGCUGACCCUGAACCAGAUCUACCAAUGGAUAAUGGACCUGUUCCCGUUCUACCGGCAGAACCAGCAGCGCUGGCAGAACUCCGUCCGACACUCUCUUUCCUUCAACGACUGCUUCAUCAAGGUGACCCGGUCCAAGGACUGGCCUGGAAAGGGCUCCUUCUGGGCCCUGCACCCGGACUCUGGAGACAUGUUCCAGAACGGUUGCUUCCUGCGGAGACAGAAGCGCUUCAGGUCCGGAACCAAGGCCUGUACCGAUGCCCAAAGGUCGGGUUCCGGCUUCUCUUCUUCUCCUCAGUCAAAGCAAGUCCACCUAAACCCACGUCGGACGGAGGUGGUGCCGCUCCAACAUUAUCAUCACCAACAGGCCGCGCACCAGAACCUGGAGCCGAACCACCCCCACUGCUCCUUCAGCCGCAGGUUCUCGAUCAGCAGCCUGAUGUUCGAGCAACAGAACCAAACACCAUACCUGCCGGUUACGUACGGAGGGGACUCAGUGUCCUCAGCGAACAGAACCAUCCCGGAUCCUUCUCACACUGACCCCUUUUAUCACCCCCUGCAGAACUACAGCAGAACCAUAAUGGACUGCUGAAAUAUAUCCGGUUCUGAUUGUGAAGGAAAACACUGGACCAGCAGGGCCGGGCGUGGGAUAUUCUUUUAACAGCAGCAUCCAAGUAGUGGUUCUCCAUCAGCACGGGUUCUGGCAGAAUUCUGGUUCCUAAUCAGCUUGAGUCUGCGUCAACAGUACCCUGUUGCACACCAAGGCCCAGUGUUAACAGAUAACCACUGGUUCCGGAGAGUUCGGUUAGAUUUUCACAGUAACUCUCAAAAAAAUAAAAAAAGUAAUGGUUCUGACAACAGGGACCAACGUUUCAGAACCAACUGCAAGAACGUCUCACUGCUGUGACGUCAGCACGUCGGAUUUAAAGUUUCGUUUAACGGACAGAAAAUAAAAAAUAUAUUUUCAGGAUUUCUUUCCAAAAUUCGUUUUCAUUCAUUCGCUUUGAAACGAUCACAGGUUCUACUGGGCCAGGUGAAAACAGGAAGGAGGUCCAAAGGGAAGCCAACACGGAGAGAGAUGAUCAAACCAAAGCAAAGUUCUGGUGUUGGAGGAGGUGCAGACUGCAGGUGGAGAUCUGAGCUGAAGGAGCUGCAGCUGGAAAACUGCAACAUCAGGAGGACGAGCAGUGAACCCGACCAGAUGGAGGAGCAUCGGAUCUGAGACUGUUCCUGAUUCAGCUCUGCAGCGCAAACAGGAACAUCUUCACCUACAUCAUCAUCAGAGAUCAGCUGCAGGACUCAGUUAUCCUGAGGAACCAGAACGUCCAGAACAUUCCACACUAGAGGAAGUGGAUCAGCUGCAGGGUGCAGUUAUCUAGAGAAACAGGAACAGAAAGCUAAUGCUUAGAACAGUCUGGAGGAGGACUCCUCCGUGAUCCGGCUGGACAACUGGACCCAUCUGCUCACAGAAGACCUGUUCAUCUGAGAUGAGAUCAUGUCCAAAGAUCUCAGCAAUGUUCAGACAUGGGUUCCUACAGGUUUAUUUUUCUGCACAACACUAGCUGACGAUGCAGAUGAGGAUGUCUUUCCAAGGCUCUCCUGAGUCCAGGAGGAAGUCGUGAUCACGAAGGUCUUUCCACAGAAGAUCACCCCGAGGCUGGUGGUUCCUGACCUGUGAACUCUGAUGUUUCCUCAGAUUGUUGGGGUAUUCUCUCUUCACGAUGAAAUAUUCUUCCAUGAUCCAUCCUCAGUAUGAAGCACUGAACCUUUUAUGGAUUCUCCUCACCUGUCAUUAUGAACCCUGCCAAUAGUAGAAGCUUCCAGAUCUGUGUAGGUUCUUCAGUGUUUAAUAGGAACCAUGUGUUCCAACAUCAGAAGGUAGAUUCUGAUUUUAUGUUUUGAUGCUAAAAAUCAUCAUAUUAAAGUUUUUGUUGCU